AUGCUAGCAGCAAAAGUUAACACGGAGACAGAAGAGCAAAAUAGAAUAAGAUUUCAGGUGGAACUAGAAUUUGUGCAAUGUCUUGCCAACCCUAACUAUAUCCAUUUUUUAGCUCAAAGAGGGUAUCUUAAGGAGCAGACCUUUGUAAAUUACAUAAAAUAUUUACAAUACUGGCGAGAACCAGAUUAUGCUAGAUAUCUUAAAUAUCCUAUGUGCUUGCACUUUUUAGAACUUUUACAACAUGAAGCAUUCAGGAGAGAAUGUGUUUCGGCUCAGGUGUGUAAAUUUAUGGAUGAUCAAGCUAUACUACUAUGGCAACACUACACAAGAAGAAGAACACGUACAUUGCAACCUCCAGAUGUGCCAGCACCACCAACUGCUCCCAAUUCAAACCAACAUGGUCCUCCAAGACAGCCAUAG